CCAUUGAAGAGUUGGUAGUAGCAAUAAAAGUGAAAUCCGCACGAGCAGACAUACGCACACGAAAAGCGAAACCAAAGCAGCAGCACCGCAGCAGCAGACAUGGCGGUGACCACAGGCUCUACGAGUGAGGCAACCACAACUACAGCUCCCGUUCCGCGACGAAAGCACAGCACGCGGGAGCAGCUCCAUCAAAUGCUGGCCGGCGGACUGUCGGCGGCCAUCACCCGGUCCACCUGCCAACCGCUGGACGUGCUCAAGAUCCGAUUCCAGCUGCAGGUGGAGCCGCUGGGCAAAAGCCGCGCGAGGGAGGGCGCAGGAGCGCUCACCUCCAAGUACACAUCCAUCGGACAGGCGGUGAAGACAAUCUACCGGGAGGAGGGACUGCUGGCCUUCUGGAAGGGACACAAUCCCGCCCAGGUGCUGAGCAUCAUGUACGGCAUUUGCCAGUUCUGGACGUACGAGCAGCUGAGCCUGAGGGCCAAACAGACGAGCUACCUGGCGGAUCAUCAGCAUCUGUCGAACUUCUUGUGUGGCGCCGCGGCCGGAGGAGCAGCAGUGAUCAUAUCCACGCCACUGGACGUCAUCCGCACCCGGCUGAUUGCCCAGGACACCAGCAAGGGAUACAGGAACGCCACGAGAGCGGUGUCGGCGAUUGUUCGGCACGAGGGCCCGAGGGGUAUGUACCGCGGCCUGUCCUCCGCCCUGCUGCAGAUAACCCCGCUGAUGGGCACCAAUUUCAUGGCCUACCGCCUGUUCAGCGACUGGGCCUGCGCCUUCCUGGAGGUCAGCGAUCGCAGCCAGCUGCCCACGUGGACGCUGCUCGGGCUGGGCGCCUCCUCGGGCAUGCUCUCCAAGACGAUCGUGUACCCCUUCGAUCUGAUCAAGAAGCGGCUGCAAAUCCAGGGCUUCGAGUCGAACCGCCAGACCUUCGGACAGACGCUGCAGUGCCACGGAGUCUGGGACUGUGUGCGGCUGACCGUGCGCCAGGAGGGCGUUCGGGGCUUGUACAAGGGCGUGGCCCCCACGCUCCUCAAGUCAAGCAUGACGACGGCCCUGUACUUUUGCAUUUACGAUAAGCUCAAGCAGGUGCGCUUCUAGGUCGGACUUGGAGUCGGGGUUAAUGGUAAUGGCGGUUCAAAAAUCCAUUGUCUGUGCUCCCAAACAGAAUCUACACCGUAUUUUCUAUUUUUAUAUCUAUUUACCGCACCGCGUAAAUAAUAUUAAGACUUAGGCUAACUGUUGAUUAGUUUUCGGUUAUGCGUACGGGGUUCUGUUUAUCUUCGGCCAAUCGACUUGGUCAGCGCUUUAUAUAUUAUCGCGCCAGUUAAGUUAUAUAAAUAUGUAUUGUAUAUGUUAGUUGGUAGUUUAUUAUCCCAGCAAAGGCGUCACUCAAACCUAUAUUUAUGAUUAUCUUUUGCUAAAUUUGCAAAUGUAACUGGGCUGGCAGUCCCAUUUGUUGUUUAAUUAUUUUUAUUAAAUCUAAAUAUUCAGGGAAUUAAAUAAAACUUGACUACAUCACAAA